AUGGUUCCUGCACGUUCCAUUUUGCUCUCACCAAUGGCUACAUAUAGUGGCUCCCUAAGAGCUGUGGGUGAGGCCCUGGUGCGUGCGAGGAACACUCUCCUGCCGCUCUGGCUGGGGGUGUUUCUGUUCUUAUCUGAAUGUUCCCAAGUUGGACACUCCCAACGCCAUGGUCCCGCAGAAGUGGUGAUUCCCCAAAAGGUAAAAGGCACUGGCAUUGGCUUAAAGGCUCAAGGUUGGCUGUCUUACAGAUUGCAUUUUGGGGGGCAGAGAUUCAUAGUCCACAUGAAGGUCAACAAAUAUUUGCUGCCCAGACACCUGCCAGUGUUCACCUACACAGACCAAGGUGCUCUUGUUGAGGACCAGCCUUUUGUCCAGAAUGACUGCUACUAUCAUGGGUAUGUGGAGGGGGACCCAAAAUCCCUGGUUGCCCUCAGUACCUGUUUUGGGGGCUUUCAAGGAAUAGUACAGACAAAUGACAUCGUCUAUGAAAUCGAGCCCAAAAGACCUUCUACCACAUUUGAACAUCUCAUAUAUAAGAUGAGCAGUGAGGAGACACAGUUCCCCUCCAUGAGAUGUGGAUUAACAGAUGAAGAAAUAGUGCGCCAAUUGAAGUUACAAGAGAGCAUUAAUUAUACUCUGCUGCAAAGUGGGUAUGAAGGCUGGUGGACCCACAAAAGGUUUCUUGAACUGGCGGUGGUAGUGGAUCAAAAUCGUUAUCUGUAUCGCCAAAGUAACACCUCAACUGUACUUAAGGAAAUAUGCAUUGUUAUCAAUGAAGUAGAUAAUUUUUUAAAUCCACUGGAUGUUGAUAUAGUUUUAAUAGGAAUUGAGAUAUGGACUGAAAGAAACCCCAUUGCAAUAGAUGACAUAUCUAAUUUGCUGACAGAAUUUUGCAUCUGGAAGAGAACUGACUUCAGUCGCCGCUUACCCCAUGAUAUUGCACAUCUUUUUGUAAUGCAGAGCUACGGCAUUAAUCUUGGCUUAGCUUAUGUUGGAACCGUAUGUUACGCUAAUAGUAAUUGUGGAGUUGAUAGUUUCAUAAUUGAUGAUUUGUAUGAAUUUGCAUACAUUGUGACACAUGAGAUCGGUCACAAUUUGGGUAUGACCCAUGAUGCAGACACUUGUGACUGCGGGCAUCGGACCUGCAUUAUGUUUCCAUCAAAAGGAGACGCAACUAGAUUCAGCAACUGCAGUUAUGCUCAGUUCACAGACAACAUGGCAAAACGAAAAUGUUUACACUUUUCAUCACAUACAGGGAACAUCUUCUCAUUUACUGAGUGUGGGAACGGUGUGGUUGAAGAAGGAGAAGAGUGUGACUGUGGCGCUUUACAUUUAUGUAUAAAAGAUCCGUGUUGUCAGUCAAACUGCACUCUGACACCUGGGGCUGCUUGUGCUUUUGGGCUUUGUUGCAAAGACUGCCAGAUCAUGCCAUCGGGCAAUGUGUGUAGAAAAGAGGAAAACAAAUGUGAUCUUCCAGAGUGGUGCAAUGGGACAUCCUAUGACUGUCCAGACGAUGUGUAUGUGCAGGAUGGGAUCCCAUGCCUGGGCGGUGGCUACUGCUAUGAAAAGAGAUGCAAUAACCGUGAAGAACAGUGUAAGAAAAUUUUUGGUAAAGAGGCCAAGAGUGCAAAUCAGAGUUGCUACAGAAGAGUGAACACCCAAGGAGACCGUUUUGGUCACUGUGGUAUUCGUGAGUCUACAUAUGUGCAAUGUAACAUCUCAGACAUCCUGUGUGGGAGGGUUCAGUGUGAGAACGUGAUAGAAAUUCCCCUUCUGCGAGAUCAUUCUACUGUACAUUGGACUCAAUUCAAUAAUGUCACCUGCUGGGGUACAGACUACCAUCUGGGGAUGACCACACCUGACAUUGGAGAAGUGAAAGAUGGUACAGAGUGUGGUACGGAACGUAUCUGCAUCAAAAGGAAGUGUGUCCCUAUGUCACUUCUGGUAAGUGAUUGUACACCUCAGACCUGCAAUAUGAAUGGAGUCUGUAACAACAGACAUCACUGCCACUGCAACUAUGAGUGGGACCCUCCCAACUGCCUGGAAAAUGGCAACGGCGGUAGUAUUGAUAGUGGCCCGCCCCCUAGGAGAAAGACUAAAUUGGAGCAAUGGCAGGGUUAUCUGCUACUACUUUGGUUUACUUUCUUUUUUCUUUUAUUAUGCUUGUUAAUUGUGGUUGCUAUGAGAAAAAGAACAGCGGAGAGUACAGAGCAGAGUGUUUCUAUUUCACCUCAUGGAGAACAGGUAAAUGUUCCAACUUCAACUCAGCAAGAAGAGCAAAAUAUCAAGAUUUUACCUAAGGAAGAAGAGUAA